GAAGUUUGAUCUCUCCAUAUCUGGAAUUGAAGCAAUUUCUCUUCUAUGCGGAGGAGAAUGGCCGCAUGUAGUGUUACCGAACGACGAGGUACUUUCAGUUUUCUGUGUAUCGUAUCUAUUUCAACUUAUUUUCUGCUUUCUGAUAUUUAUAUUCUCUUCUAUUUAUGUUCUCUUUUCUGCGAUUUGGUAUUUUCAUUUGCAUUCAUUUAUCAAUUUGUGUUCUCUUCUAAACACACUGAUCACUAUGGAUAAUAGGUGAGCUUACAAGUUAUGCUAGCUAAGAUUAGAGAUACAAACUUAUAUACAAUCCCAAAUUUUAACCAAGCAUAGUAGUUUUACAACCUAUCAUUUUGCCCAUGUUUAGAAUAUGUUACUGUAUGGGUUAGUUUUGUAUACACUGAUAAUGAUGAGUUGAUGUUUCAAGUGUUUAAAGUUAUGAUCAUGAAACAAUUUGCAACCUAUCAUGUCUCUGUUUAAUGGUUAUUCCAUUUGUGAAGUUGGCAAGGAUGCAACUGGUAUUGCUGGUACUUAUUCUUUCUCUAUGUGUCAUGGAUAUUUUUAUCACAUGGAUGCAGCUGGUAUUGCUGAUACUUUUUCUUUCCCCAAUGUGAGAAUGUUUGGAUUAUUGCUGGCAGUUUUGGGAAUAUGUGGGAUCAUACUAGUUGGGAGUUUGAAAAUAACCUAUAGUUCCAUGCGCCGAAUGUUUGUUGGAUUCUUGAGUUGCGCUUCUCUGAUUUCAAUGUUUGCCUCUCCAUUGUUUAUAAUCAAAUUGGUCAUUCGCACGAAGAGUCUCGAGUUUAUGCCAUUUUGUCUUUCGCUUUCCACAUUCCUAAUAAGCGCCUCAUUCCUUCUUUAUGGGUUGCUCAGUGAUGAUGCUUUCUUUUAUGUAAGAGUCUUUUUUCAGCUCAUUUUUUCUGUUUCUUUCUGA